GAAUGAUAAUGUAAUUAAAUCUGAACUAUUAUUUUUCCUAGAUUCUGUAAGCUCUGCUCAUGUUGGUGUUUUUAGAAUAAUCAAAAAACUACAGAAAGAACAGAACCAAAUUGAGCUUAAUAUUGAAGCAAUCUUAAGAGGCAUGCCAAAACCAGCACAAAG